AUGAUUUCCUCCAACACGAGAUCGUCGCGCUCGCGAUAUUCGAGUCCGGCACAGGGAGGAGGGCAAGGAGGAGGCGGAGGAAAUGGAGGAGGACCUCUCGAGGCGAACAAGAACUCUACCAACGAGGCUUCGAGGGCGUUUAUGCGGCGGUGGAUGGAGCCAGCGGUGCAGCACAAGUCCAGCUUCGAGGACCUUGGCCUUAUGCGUUAUGGCGUGUUCGAGAACAUGCAGCCUUUGGGGACGUUGCCGAAAGCAUCAGCGGCGACGGGAGGAGCGGGAUCGAAGAAGGAAAAUAGUGGUAUCGUGCGGAAAAUCGUGCUGAAGCCGUCGCGGGCGGGGAGCAACGCUGGGAGGAAAAAAUCUGCUGAUGCAGCGGCGCUGCUGGACCACGACGACGACGAGGCGGCAAUGGCGGAGGGGGCAAGAGCGGCCCACCGAAACAGCAGCACAAAAUUCAAAUUCCACGGCCAAGGCAACAGCAACAGUUCCAAAUUCCAACCUACGAACGCGUCGUCUAUUUCUCCCUCGCCUUUCUCUUCUUCUCGUUCCCCAUCCCCGCCCAUUUCUCCUGCGCCAUCUUCUCCCCAACCACCACCGCCAUCGUCAUCCUCCACUUUGCCUCCAACGCACGCUUCAUCGUCGAGACGUCAAUCGGCAGAUAAAGAAUUGGCGUUAUUGGGAAUGAGGGAUUUUGACGACAACAACGACGAAGAUUACGAGCCUAGGGGUGGUAAGCGGAAGGCGGCUCACAGGUCACCGAUUACUAGGCGGAGUCUAACGAGAGCAUCUGCAAAUCGCGCUGCUGCUUCUACUGCUGCUGCUGCUGCUGCUGCUGCUGUCGCUGCUGCCGAAGCUGAAGAUAUAACGAUGUCUGCACCAUCGCCAUCUCCGGCUCCAGCUCUGGCUCCGGCUCAGCCGAGAGCAGCAAGCGAGGAGUCGGAAGGAGACCUUGCGAAGAAGCGACACGUAGUCGACAAGGUUGUCGACGAUGCCGUAGAAAAUGCUCUCAAGUACCAUCGGUACCCGACAGCCUACGCGCUACGCACUAUUUACGACGAGAAAAAAUCGUCGGAUCCUCAGAUCGUGUCUAUGUUUGAGGACGUAUUUCUCCAGCGCGCCGACGCCGACACGCUCGAUCAAUUUGCCAGCCUGGUGACGGAGCGGAAGCAGCUGGGAGCCAAGGACAACGCCGCGUAUCGAUUUUUCUCACCUGACGCCGUGGGAUCCCCCAAGAAACCCAUCCCCGCACCUUACGCAGACUUGCUCAGGCUCGACCUCAGCACCGCGAGAAUUCUGUACGACGACGAGGAAGACCUACGAGCGCUUAAGAAGCAAAAAACUACGCAUCCGGAACCAUCGCCUUCGCUGUCGAGGUCUCAUAGGAAGACACGCGGCAGGGCCGGCAGCAUGGCGGACGAAGCUCAGGUCAAUUCUGCAGAAGAUGGCGCUGCCUCUGCAGAUGCUUCUGAAGCAGCAGCAGUAGCAAAGCAAAACGCACCACAGACGCCCACUCGAAGGCGUACUCGCAGCGACUCGUUGGGUAGCGACUCCUCACUUUCGUCCAUCUCGCUCGACACACCCGAACUUCGGGCAUUUUCCAACUUCGAGGACGAAGAUAACAGCAGCUCGAAGCCCGAGUCGGGAACCGAGGUUCAGAGGCGGCCCAAGAUCAAACUGAAGGCCCAACCCAAGGAUCAGGGCAAGCCCAAGGUGCAGCGCCAAUUACAGCUACAAAACUCGGCUACGGGUCUCAGAAUCAGUGGAGGUGGUAUCAGUAAAAACGCCAACAGGCGAGCCGACACCACCACCACCGGAGCAAGCACAAGCAGCAGAAGUACCCCGGCAGCGGCAGAGGGCCAGUCGCAGACAGCAGAUUCCAUCUCAGUGGUGGAGGAGGACGAAGACGUGUCAGGCGGGCAGCCCACACGCCAGCCAAUUACGAUAGGCACGGCAGCAGCCGGCAAAACUGCGGUGGCCCAGCGCAAAUCAACCGCGUCGGCCACUAAAGGCGCCCAUAAUUCUAGGGCCAAUCCCGCCGCCCCCAACAGGUCCAAAGCCAAAGCCCGCGACACGCCCUCGCUGUCACUCUCACCCUCGCCAUCCUCACCCUCCAUCUUCUCCUCAUCAUCACACCCCGGCCCACACUCUCAUGAGGCCCCCCAUGACUCCAGCGACAAGGACGGCAGCACCAAACCCCAUGCCAUGCCUGGCGUUGUCCGUCCACUUUUCCCCAACCUUCCCGUGAAGGUGUCUGCUCUUCGCUCCAGCGCACAGCCGCAGCAGCAGGGCGAGGAUAAUUCUGACAAUGAAUCCCCGUCACGACGUGGCACUGCGGCCAAGGCGAAGGCGAAGAGGGAUGGAUCCUCCAAGCCUCUCGAUUCCAACAAUAACUCUCCCAAGUCAUCGCCUCAGACGGCAAGCUCUGCGCGGAAGACGCGGAGCGGAGUCAAGGCUACACCAAUCUCCCUCACCGUCCCUACCACUCGGUCAACUCGCUCUGCAGUCAAGAGGACGCACGAUGAGCUUGAGGGAACAGCCUCGCCUGUCGCGACGUCCACGAGGAGCAAUGCCCCAUCGCAGGUGACGUCGCGAGCGGUCACGCCAAUCUUGCAGCCUCCCUCGAAAAAACAGAGGGUUGGGCCUCGGGUGAAGACUUCGCCCAAGAAGAAUGGUAAUACAACCGCUGGCAUGCCUCGCCCAACAGGUGAGGGCGUCAUCCAUGUUCCUGGUGUGCAGGCGAGAGACCAGAUCGAGAACGAUGACUAUUGUUCGUCGUGUGGUAACAAUGGUGAUCUCAUCUGCUGCGACAACUGCUCCAAGUCAUUCCACUUUGAGUGCGUCGAUCUCGUUGGCUCGACGGAAUUGCCCGAAGAAUGGUUCUGCAAUGACUGCGUGUACAAGCGGUCCGCGCGCCGAGAAGAGUACAGCGGACCGUUUAGUGGUCUUCUCACCAUCCUAGAUAGGACCAUCCCACGCGCUUUUAACCUGCCUAAGAAGCUGCAGAUCUAUUUUGAGGGUGUCAAGGUUGGACCAAACGGAGAGUACGAUGAGGUCGAGCGCACUACGAGGCUGUCAAAGAAACAAAAGGAACACGAGUUCGACCUCCACCCGCAGCGAGACAUCGAAGGCAAGGCCGCUCUAUGCCAUGCCUGCCAGAAGAGUGCCUCCGGCGCCAGCAAGAUGAUGAUGCUCUGCUCUGCCUGCCCCCUCUACUGGCAUCUCGACUGCGUGGACACUCCCAUGGCCCAUCCGGCGAACCCGAGGAAGUGGGUCUGCCCCGCGCAUAUCGACCAUUUCUACAAUCCCGAGAAUGCGCCUCUCGGACGGCGGUUCCGCAAGAUCCGUGGCGCGCAGGUUAUCAAACCCGUGUAUACUCGUGGGUACAAGAAUAACGGCGUCAUCGAGGUUAAUGACAGCGAAGAGCCGGAAGACGCGUCGGGUUGGAGCGAUGUUAGGUCGUAUGGUCGAGUCCUUCGGCUGCCUGCGAGGGGCAUCAAGCUCGAUUUUAUCGAACAGCUGCGCAAAAUUGGCGCCGGCCAUGCUCCCAAGGCUCCCGACGGCAAGCCGCAGGAGGCGAAUCAGGCCAAUCCCUCUCCGAAUCUCGACGAGGCCGAGGCGGCCAUUGCGCUCUGCAAACUCUUCGCCACUAGCGGUGGUGAGCCUGUAGUCGAGAACAAGCACAACGAACCCACCGAGCAGGGCAACAUUGCUAAUAGUGACAAAACACCCGAGUCCCCCGCUCCACUACCCGCCGACGAUAGUAACGAGGGCAAAGAAGCGGAGACCGAGCCGACUAGCGCUGCACUCAAACUGAUACACCAGGUCCAAAAGGGCGAAAUUAACAAGGAGGCGAUCACCAGCGGGGACAAGCAGUCUCUUCGGAAAUUGAUGGAGUCGAUCAAGUCGAUGCUCGGAGACGAUACUGAAGCCGAAGCCGAAGAGGAAGCCGAGACUGAGGCCGACAAAACCCAACAAGAUAUGAUUGCCCACCUCGAUGGUAUUUCGGACGGUGCUUCGACGACUCCAGAAGCUUCCGAAGAAGCGGUUACGCCCCAGGCUGACCCGACCAUCCACACACCCGUGUCCGACACGGUGGAGAAGGCAGCGGACGAAGCGGCAACAGCGGCUGAGCAGGGAAGCGAGUCGGCGGAGACGAUCAAGACCACGAGCGAUGGCAUAGAGGUCGUCGAGAUGGCUGACGACGAUCCAGAGCUCGCGAGGGCUGCGAGCGAUAAGCUUUCGGCGGCGGGAAACAGCGCUUCGGCGCAAUCUACGAAGGCUGAGUCGGUGAAGGACGUUGAUAUGGCGGAGUAA